AUGGAUGCGUGUGGCACAGGGAUUUUUUACAAGAUGGAACUUCCCAACUUGUCUAGGAGCCAUAGAUGGAAAACACUAUCGAUAAGGCCUCCACGAGACAGCGGGUCAUAUUUCUUCAAUUAUAAGGGUACCCACAGCAUUGUCUUGCUGGCAGUAUGUGAUGCUAAUCUGGAAUUUAUCUAUGUAGACAUUGGUGCAAAUGGGAGAGUUUCAGAUGGUGGAGUUUGGAACAACAGUGAUCUCUGCCGUCGUAUUGCAAACAACACUGCAGGCCUACCAACGGACAAACAUGUUCUGGGGAGUGAUAGAAUCUUGCCUUACGUAUUUGUGGCAGACGAUGCUUUCCAACUGCAGAGGCAUAUACUGAAACCUUUCCAUACCAAAACCAAACACGACAGGAAAGAAUUUUUUCUUAUAGACUUUCCCAGGGCCAAGCGCACUGUUGAGAAUGCAUCUGGCAUUCUCACUAAUCGGUUUAGGGUGUUUUUAACGCCAAUUAGUCUAUCCCCUGGGAAAAUUGAAAAAGUUGUCCUUGCAUGCACAGCACUGCAUAACUACCUCAGACGGGAUUUUGGUAGCCACUACACACCUAAGUUGCUGGAGUUGCAACGAUGUGGUUCGGGAUCUACCACUAUUGGCAACAAUAUCCGUACCCAGUACAUGGACUACUUCAAUGCAGAGCGUGCUGUGCAAUAG